GCCAGCGUCCAGCCCCACCCAGCCUUGCCCAGCGCUAUAAAGGAGGCUCCCAGACAGCCACCCCCAGGCAGUUGCAGCUCUGUGCCCUGCUCAACGAUGAGGCUCUGUCUCUCUGGGUUACUCUUCCUCUUUGUGAUCUCAUUGCCUUCAGGGAACGGCUUGUUUGGAAAUGAUGGAGUGGAAGUUCGUACUUGCACUGCGCUUGGGGGCAGAUGUUUCUUCGGCUGUAGAAUAGGAUGGAAAUGGGUUGCCUACUGUCACAAUGUAUUGUCUUGUUGCCUAAAACUGAGGAAACAUCCUCCGCCUCAGGCCAAUGAACCAUGAGCCUCACCUCAUGGGUCCACAUUAAAAGGAUACGCAGAUGGCUAAAUGGACAAGACCUCCAAUCCGUGCGUAAGGAUGGUGGACGAGCUAUGGGUAGCAACUGUGCGUAA